ACUAUUUACGCUAUCAAGUUCUCCAGGCCGAUUCCUGUCUGCCUGCAUCUGUCUCCUCUCUUUCUCGGCACAGCAGCGAUCACAUCAAAGUGCCAGGUUCGACUCGCUGUCUGUGUGUCUUCUUGAGGCAGGCAGGCAGGCGGACAGGCCAGUUGGUGGACGGUCGACGUAGCUGGUCGGCCAGCAGCACAAGGCAGCGCCACCGACGGUCGAAGCAGAGUUCUAUCGCUCGAUAGACUGCUGAGAUCAUUUAACUCUCGCGCUUCAACCAGCAGAUUCAAUACGAAGGAGUCGCCGCCAGAGCGGAGAGGGAGUGGCUGCAGGCCUGAGAGACGAGAUCUCUGGCGCGACGCUCCAACCCGCGGCGACUCACAACAGAGACGCAGGAGGCAGGAACAGAUCCGCAGGAUGUGCAGGCGAGGCAGGAUAUCCAGCAGAUUUAGGAGGUGGAUGGUCUACAUGUUUGCCAUUUGGAUAGCAGCAGUAAUGCCAUCGCUAGGGGUCGACGCAUUGGUGCAGCAGACGCAGGUCAUUGCACGCUGCCUCGGUUGGGCCAACAACACUUGCGCGUUCUCACCAGUGGAGCCCGUGCACUUCUCAGGGCUCGAUCUCGCUCAACAGACCGUGUGCAAGGCAGAUUUGGCGGUCGCAGUCAAGCAAAUAGACUGGGAAUCGCCUGCCGGUGGACGCGGAUCCGUGGAUAGUUUGCUUGUUAAUGGCGUGGAGAUGCUUCAGUCGCCCGUGUUCCCGUCACAGGCGUAUAUGAUGGCGAACUACCCGCAUUGCAAUGAUAUGUUCAACAUUUUCCCGCCUUGGGGCAAUGGUAUCAUUGGCCCGGAAGGACGCAAGUCUAUUAUCCCGGAGAUCACAAGUGCUGACCUGCCGAUUUCGCUUCAUUUCAGCUGGAAAGGUUCUCAUGAAGUUAACCCCGUCUGCUCCAUGGUUGGUGUCUCCAUUGCCGGCUACGCAGAGAUUAAUAUUUAUCUCGAGGCGCAAGAUAAUUCAGAUUGUCCUGGUUGGGAUGGCGCCUCGCUUACAGCUUGCUUCGGUAAUGGCAAAUGCGGUUGUGCUCCGAACGAUUUAACCCCACGGACCUGCUCAUGCGUGAAUGGAUACGCCGCUCCUGAUUGCCGAGACUGUGCCACCGGAUUUUUUGGUGAACAUUGCAAGCGAACGUGUGAGCCGUGCCUCAAUAACGGCCACUGCGAUUCGGGAUUGAUGGGUACAGGCAAAUGCGUUUGUCCCGAAGGUUUCGACCCUGAUACCCGCUGUGCGACUUGUUUGCCUGGCUUUUAUGGAGAUAAGUGUAAGCGGUGUCCAGACUGCAAUUUUCCCCAUGGAAACUGUGACGACGGCUUGAUGGGAAGCGGUCGAUGUUCAUGCGCGGUGGGCUUCGAUGCCGAUAACAACUGUAUGGAGUGUAUGAGCUCUUUCUUCGGAUCAACUUGCCAGCCCUGUAAACCGUGCGAUGGUGGCAAGUGCAACUACGGGCUUCUUGGCGAUGGCGAGUGUGUGUGUUCAGAAGGUUUUUCGUCGGAAUCGCGGUGUCUGGAGUGCGAAAAAGGCUUUUAUGGUCCAUCAUGUACACCUUGCCGCACCUGUAACAAUCAUGGCCGCUGUAAUGAUACAAGUUCCGGUGACGGAUCGUGUAUUUGUGACGAAGGAUACACACCGGAAAGUCGCUGCUCGCUGUGCGACGAAGGUUGGGACUUUAACCCCAUGACGAUGUCGUGUCAGUGUGCACCGCAGCACUUUGGAGCCCACUGCCGGUCGUGUCCAAUCUGUGCCCCACACGGACAUUGCAACUCGGGAGUGGAUGGAGACGGACGAUGUAUUUGUGACGUUGGAUGGUCUGAUUCGAACAACUGCGUGGGCUGUAUGAGCGGCUAUUACGGCGAGACCUGCGUUGCAUGUCGAAAGUGUGGAGAAGGGCGCUGUGAUGACGGACUUCAUGGUUCAGGCAAGUGCAAUUGCCACCGCGGCUGGGACUCCCUCACUGACUGCUAUGAUUGUGAGGAAGGAUAUUUCGGCGAAGAUUGCCAACCAUGUCCACAUGACUGCGGACAUGGCACUUGCUCCAGUGGACUCAACGGAACGGGACAAUGUAUGUGCCACGAGGGCUGGAAACUCGAAGGAAAGAUGCCGUGUACCACUUGUGCUGAUGGAUACAUCGGACCAACGUGUCAGUUGUGCCCUGGUUAUUUGGAAAGUGAGGUAGCUUGCAAUGGACAUGGCCAAUGCGUCAUGUCUGGUACCGAAGCUGUGUGUCACUGCGAUGCUCGAUAUGGAGGAGAUGGCUGCGAGUCGUACGAUUUCCCGUUCGUAAUGGUGGCCAUUCUGGGCACUAUCGCGCUGUCGACGCUGGGUUUCUGCAUGUGUACAAUGCGUCGUCUCGCUCGCCAGCCACACGCACUGCAGGGACCGUUCCUGAACCGUGGGAACAGCUUCUCACAGUCUGAGUACGUUGAGAUCUCCGACAUGGCAGAUCUCGAGUACUUCGUGUCCAAUGACAGUCGUGACUGGCUCAUCCCUUUUGACUCGCUGUCUCUGCAGUGCGAGGUGGGCAACGGUACGUCUGGCCAAGUGUUCCGAAGCCUGUUGCACAGCGGCGGAGGCAGCUCGGUGGUCGCCGUCAAGCGUUUGUACAGUCCCGUGACGGGCCAAGAGUAUUUCCAGAGCUUCUUCCGACGCGAAGUCAGUAUUUUGAGUCGCUUGCAUCACCCGAAUGUCGUGCGGUUUUACGGUGUGAGUUACUACAAUCGCGUGCUGUACAUCGUGACGGACUUUUGCCCGAAAUCGCUCAGUGCGCUGAUUGAGAACCCAGCGGCCAAAGGACCUCUUGAGGAAGCUGUGUUUAUGAAGGUGAUCAACCAGAUCGUCAGCGGUAUGGGCUUUCUACACAGCCGCAACGUGGUACAUCGCGACCUGAAGCCAGCCAACGUACUCAUCUCCGAGACAGACGACGUCAAUAUCUGUGACUUUGGGCUUUCGCGGCUUAUCGAGCCUGAUGCUACGACCAUGACUGCAGAAGUUGGUACGCCAAGUUACAUGGCACCAGAGAUGGCAACGAUGGGCGGCAUCCAGUGCUCCACGAAGGGUGACGUGUAUUCGUUCGGCAUCUUGCUGUACUCCACCUGGUCUCGUAGUAAACCCUACGGCGAUCAAGGCAUGAACCCGUUCCAACUGAUGACGGCAGUGGUUAACGGACUUCGCCCAGUGAUUCCAAUCAGCUGUCCGCCGGCACUGGCGCGCCUCAUGCGGUCGUGCUGGCAUCAAAACCCGGAUAUGCGUCCGUCGUUCCCGGAGAUCAGCCAGAUCCUGAAAGACCAGUGGCUGUUGUCCAUGUACACUGAGGAGGAAGAGUAUUACUACCCGGAAUCACCCGGACGCGUCCAGCUCAUGUCAGCUUCCUCGUCCGUGUCCACAAUCCCUAUUGGUCACGGCCGCGGUAGUAAGGAGAAUGUCAACGCCAUGUCACCGUUUGCGUCGCCUCGCCAUGACGGCGAUGGCUACGGGACCUACCAGGAAGCAGAAGAAGAAGCAGAACCUCGAGAAGACGACCGGCUUUUGGACGAAGAAAAGCGGCCACGAUAGAUUCUUAUGACGACUAAAUAGACUUGUGAACCACAGCAGGCCGGAUAGCGAUUGUUCUUACCGAAACAGA